UGUAGCUCUCAACAAUUACUGGAAGCAGCCAACAAGCUCACACAAUCCAGAGGGGUACAGACACCGGCAGCAAAAAGGGUUGCAGAUUCAGCAAGGGCUGUAGCCAGGGUUGUAAUGAAGUCUGUCUUCUGGCCUGCUUCUCUGGUCAGUGCCAGGCUCACAGGCACAAGAAGUGCGACAAGCACAACAAGGUGUAACUUUGUAGCUGGUGCCAGUCUAUGGGUGCAAUAAACACCACAACCGCAGACAAACACGGCUGGUACGGCCAACAGCAGCAGCUUCUCUGGUUCCUCCAACUCCUCCAGCCUCCAGAAUAACCAAGAAGGUCCAAAUCUGGCAUCACUCCAGGACUUUGAGAUGUAAAUUGUGGGCAAGGACAAAAGCAGGCUGUACUGUAUAUGAGAACAGCCUCCUGCUGAAAGCCAAUCACCUGUGCUAGAGACGAGGAAGGAUUGGAUAGAGCCUGCAACAAAUUGGAUUCCUACCUACUUCUCCCAAAGCAUCAAGGCUAAAUUCCUACCAUGCUGGAUCUAUACACAGCUGCACUUGGACUUUUGAUUCUUCUGCCCCUGCUGGGCAACUUUUUCUUCCCCUAUUUUUGGCUGGAUCUGACAGCCUUCUUCCGCCUCCUACACAUGGGAUACAGAUGCCACAGUUACCUGCAGCGCAAUCCCCCUUUCACAUUCCUAGAUAUAUUUCUGGCCAGAGUCCAGAAGUAUUCAGAGAAACCCUUGAUUCUCUUUGAAGAUGAGAUUUAUUCCUACCGGGACAUUGACAGACACAGCAACCAGAUAGCCAGAGUGCUGAAGGGCUAUGUGGGGCUGAAAGAAGGGGAUACCAUGGCUGUUUUCUUAAAGAACAUCCCUGCCUAUCUCUCAGUUUGGAUGGGCUUGGCAAAGAUUGGCUGCACCAUGGCAUGUAUCAACUAUAACAUACGACUCAGGUCUCUGUUGCAUGUGCUGAAAUCUUGCAAGGCCAAAGUUCUUCUAACAACUCCAGAUUUAAAAGAUGCCAUUGAAGAUGUCCUGCCAACUUUAAAUAAUGAAGGGAUACGUGUUUUUUAUCUGAGCAAGGAUUCCCCAACUGAAGGUGUAGAGGCACUACUCGAACGGAUCAAAUUAAGCUCAGCUGAAUCAGUGCCUUUUUCCUUCAGAGCCAAUGUGACACCUAAAUCUACAUGCCUGUAUAUUUUUACCUCUGGGACCACAGGACUCCCCAAAGCUGCUAACCUUUCCCAGAAGAAAGUGUUGUUGGGGUCCCACCUGUUACGCCUGUGCCAAGUCCAUGCCAAGGACGUUGUUUACAUUCCACUUCCACUCUACCACUCAGCUGGACUCCUUGGGCUUGUGGGGUGCAUAGACAUGGGGGCUACAUGUGCUCUGAGAUCUAAGUUCUCCGUUUCUCAUUACUGGGAUGACUGCAGACGUUACCAUGUCACUGUGAUCCAGUACGUGGGAGAAAUGAUGCGCUACUUGUGUAAUGCACCAAAGAAAGACAGUGACCGUGACCACAGUGUGCGAGCAGCCAUCGGCAAUGGGAUGCGAGUGGAGGUUUGGAAGGAGUUCCUGAACCGAUUUGGACCCAUCCAAAUCUAUGAACUGUAUGGAGCUACCGAAGGAACUGCUGGAUUCAUUAAUUACACAGGAAAAGUUGGAGCUGUGGGAAGGACCAGUUUCUUCAUCAAGAAACUAUAUAAUUAUAAACUUGUGCAAUACGAUGUGGACGCAGAGCAGCCUGUGAGAGAUGAAAAGGGGUUCUGUAUUCCAGUGACUACAGGACAGACAGGUUUAAUGGUGGUGAAGAUAAAUAAGACACAUCCAUUUGAAGGUUAUGCAGGAGAUCGCCAGAACACAGAGAAGAAAAUUCUCCAGGAUGUCCUGAAGAAAGGAGACAGUUACUUCAACACUGGUGAUCUCUUGAUGGAAGACCAUGAAGGUUUUCUCUACUUCCAGGAUAGGGUGGGAGAUACUUUCCGCUGGAAAGGGGAGAACGUGGCCACUACUGAAGUUGAGAUGACAUUGGCAAUUUUGGACUUCAUUCAGGAAGUCAGUGUAUAUGGAGUACCAGUCCCAGGGCAUGAAGGAAAGAUUGGGAUGGCAGCCAUCCGGUUGAAAGAUGGGCUUUCCUUUGAUGGAAAGAAGCUGUUUGUACAUACCAAUGAUUAUCUGCCCAGCUAUGCCAUACCUCGCUUCAUUCGCAUCCAGGCAGUUCUGGAGAUCACAGGAACUUUCAAGCAGCGUAAAGGUCAUCUGGUGAGGGAUGGAUUCAAUCCUGCCACUAUCAGUGAGCCCCUCUUCUUCCUGGAUGACUCAGAAAAGAACUACAUGCCCAUGACUGAGGAGAUCUAUCACUCCAUUGUAGAGAAGAAAAGGAAACUGUGAAAGAAGGUUCAAAGAGGAGCAUAACAGCUUUAAAAGCACAGGGAUCCCUGGAACAGCCAUCUAUGUUUUGAUUCUGCUCAAGAACAAGGGAUUUAUGACCAGAACAUUAUUUCUUCUCUAUCAACUUGAAUCAUGUAUUUGUGUGUUCUUGAGAAAUCUGUCCAACACACUAGUUUAGGGAAUUUUUUGAAAAUGAUAAAAUGUUGUUGCCACUUUCUCUGGCCACACAAAACUCUUGUUUUGGUGUGAAGCUUAUCCUCAAGUCAGUAUCUGGAAAGAUGUAGAACAGUUAACCACUUUCUCCUCCAGUACUUUUCCAUAUCCUGCCUUGUGUCCGAUGUCAAGGGAGGUUCAAAGCAUCAGUAUGAUAGUCCUCAACUUAUGACCACAAUUGGUACUGGAACUUCCAUUGCUGUGGUCGUUAACUCAGCCGCAUCCAAUUUUACAACCUUUUUUGCUAUGGUAGUUAAGCGAGUCACCAUGGUUGUUAAGCAGAUCAUGUAGUUGUUAAGUGAAUCCGGCUUCCCCCACUGAAAUUGCUUGUUGGAAGCCCCCUGGGAAGAUUGCAAAUGAUGAUCAUGUGACCCCACGAUGCUGCAACAUUUGUACAUACAUACCGGUUGCCAAGUGCCUGAAUUUUGAUCAUGUGACUGCAGAGAUGCUGCAACAAUCAUAAGUGCAAAGACUGGUCAUAAGUCACUUUUUCCAGCAGUGUUGUAACUUCAAACGGUCAUUAAAUGAAUGGUCAUAAGUCAAAGACUACCUGUACAUAGUUAAAAGCUCACAUCAAUACAUGUUCAUGCACAUGUCUUUAACAUAAUUUUCUUACAAAGUACUGAUUUCUAAACUCAGAUCCUGUCAGGUUCAGCCCAAAGAACCCCACGAGACAGUACAGAUACAGUUCUGUCGCAUUAAUUAGCUUCAACCUCUCAGACAGAAAAUCUCUCCAGACUAAUCUACACUUCCCAAGCCAGCCAGCCAAAACACUGUGAAUUCCUUAGGGUGGUGCCAGUCUCAUCUUCUUAACC